GAUGAGUCCAGCUCAAGGUCUGACGCUAGACGACAGAUUCUAUGAUUUUCCUUCAUUUGGGGAGAGAACAGUCUCAUUCCAUGAAGAUGUCUCUGCCAUAACCAGAUUUGAAGAGGAAGAAACAGAAUAUGAAGAGGAAUUCAACAUUUAUUCUCCAAUGGGUCACCCCAAAAGAAAACGAGUGAUCACAUAUGUCCAGCGCCAAGCUGCCAACAUCAGAGAACGAAAGCGGAUGUUUAACCUCAACGAAGCAUUUGAUGUGCUACGAAAAAAAGUACCGACUUUUGCCUAUGAAAAAAGACUUUCCCGAAUUGAAAUAUUACGCCUUGCCAUUGUGUAUAUAUCCUUCAUGACUGAAUUGCUGGAAAGCUCUGAAAAUAAAAAAUAGGAUGUGUGCGAAGAUGGAGCCAGUGUUAAUGUUUCUACAGUCAAAGCCAGGUGUGUCCUUUACUGUUAUGUUUCGCCAUUCUAGCUUUAAAUUAAGAUGCUUGUAUGGGAUAGUGUUAAAUUAAUACAUGAAGGGGAAGAGAGCUGAAUAGAGUACACAGAUCUAUGUACUAAUACAGUUAUGGGACCUGUUAUCCAGAAUGCUCGGGACCUGGGGUUUUCCGGAUA